AUGAUAUGGGUACCAGAUAAAGCACCCAUAGACAGACAGAGUUGUACUUGUUCAUGUUUUGAUACUGUUUUCAGAGGUCGCUAUGAGAAUCCAGGACCAGUGAGUUACAAACAUCUUUAUUUCAACGCCACGAAGGAGACGUUUAAAAUCUGGGUGUUUACAGUGAUAUUUAUUUUAAUGUGUUAUGAAAGUGUGAAGUACCUCUAUAAACUAUUUCGAUGUGGCAACGUGAGGAAGUCGAUGUUUGUUCUAUAUUUAGCAAAUAUCUAUCCGCAUUAUUAUGCAUGGUGGUCAUUUUUAAACUAUUUUAACGAAGGAAUGUACCAAUUUCACGCUAACCAAUAUUACUUCACAAUAACCGAGAUUAUCGCAAGUGUAGUCGUUCUGAACUUAUGCAAUGCCGCUAAUAACAUUGCCUCGUGGAAAAUGUUAUUGAUUAUUACCAUUAACUCUAUGCAUAUAAUGGUCAGUGCGGCCAACCAGUUUAUUGUGCAUGUCAUUCAUGGACGAGGUCAGAGAUUUCAGAACGCCAGAAACAUUGCUCUGAUGAUUCCAGACAUUUUGCAUGUUCUAAUACCGAUAUUUUUGCUGUAUCGUUAUGCCCGACAAAACAAAUUGGGGAUGACAGAUUUAUUUUAUAAAGAAGAACUUCUCAUUUGCUUCAUAGCUGUUACAUUUGGCACGCUUGUUGGGAACCUUCUGUAA